AGGUGAGCGGCGAGGGGGCGGAGGAGGGGCUGAGCCGGAGGCUGCUCACCUGGCGGACAGGUGCCUGACUGCAGCAAACCAUGCAAUGAGCCAUGCCCCGCCCUGGACACCCCCGCCCAUCGUCUGGGCCUCCACGUUUGGGACCCUGGGAGCAGCCAUCAGAACUAUGUCUGGAGACAUAUGAUGAACCACCCCAGCCCUCACCAAGUCGCCGCACCCGUAGACCAGACCCCAAGGACCCUGGUCACCAUGGGCCAGAGAGCAUUACCUUUAUCUCUGGCUCUGCUGAGCCGACUGCUGAGCCCCCUGCCUGCUGCCUACUUUGGCGACCCUGGGUGUGGGACUGGUGCCAGGCUGCUUUCUGCUUCCGCCGCUGCUGGGAUUGUCUCCAGCGCUGUGGAGCCUGUGUGCGGGGCUGUAGCCCCUGCUUGUCUGCUGAGGACUCCACUGAGGGAGCUGCUGAAGCCAACUGGGCCAAAGAGCACAAUGGAGUGCCCCCUAGUCCUGACCGUGUACCCCCCAGCCGGCGGGAUGGCCAGCGUCUCAAGUCAACCAUGGGCAGCAGCUUCAGCUACCCUGACGUCAAGCUCAAAGGCAUCCCUGUAUAUCCCUACCGUAACACCACCUCCCCAGCCCCUGAUGCGGACUCCUGCUGCAAGGAACCACUGGCUGAACCCCCACCCAUGCGGCACAGCCUGCCUAGUACCCUUGCCAGCAGUCCCCGUGGCUCUGAGGAAUACUACUCCUUCCAUGAGUCGGACCUGGACCUGCCUGAGAUGGGCAGUGGCUCUAUGUCGAGCCGAGAGAUCGAUGUGCUCAUCUUCAAGAAGCUGACAGAGCUGUUCAGCGUACACCAGAUCGAUGAGCUAGCCAAGUGCACAUCAGACACUGUGUUCCUGGAGAAGACUAGUAAGAUCUCAGACCUUAUCAGCAGCAUCACACAGGACUACCACCUGGAUGAGCAGGAUGCUGAGGGCCGUCUGGUUCGUGGCAUCAUUCGCAUCAGUACCCGAAAGAGCCGUGCCCGCCCACAGACCUCUGAGGGGCGUUCAACUAGGGCUCCUGCCCCUACUGCUCCUGCCCCUGACAGUGGCCAUGAGACCAUGGUGGGCUCAGGUCUCAGCCAGGAUGAACUGACAGUGCAGAUCUCCCAGGAGACAACCGCAGAUGCCAUCGCACGGAAGCUGAGGCCUUAUGGAGCCCCAGGGUACACAGCCAGCCAUGACUCAUCCUUCCAGGGCACCGACACAGACUCGUCGGGGGCACCCCUCCUCCAGGUGUACUGCUAACCCUCACUGGGCUCAGCAGCCACAAUGCCUUCUGGCAGAAGCACAGCCUGCAGAAUGAAGAGCAUCAAGAACCCCUUUGAGGAAGGCUGGGUCAUGAACCCAGAAGCAGUGUCCACUCUGGCUCCUCCUGCCUUGGCUGACUGGUUCCUGAACCACAUGCAUUUCACUGGGCCAUGGUGUCCACAUUCCCUGCAUCUCCAGCUGGCCUGUCCCUGCCUGGGCUUGUUUCUUCCUGCCCAUGGUCCUUAGGUGGCCUGACCAUGGAAAACAAAGACUUAGGGAUUAUAUUCCAGGAUUGAAUCUUGACUCCAUCCCCGCAACAUGCCAGCCUAAACAAUCAUGCAAACUUCACCCUCCCUGAGGGAUCCAAUAGCUAAAAGAAGCUAGUCUCAUGUGUUUGGGGGUGGGCAGGGCCUCUGCAGAUUCUACGGGCAGUGCCCACUCUAUGUUAUGUUCUAUUGGGCAGUUUGUUUUGGUUCUUGGUUGAUGUCCUGUAUGUUAACAUGACCAUAGUUUGUAAGUACAAAGGUAA